AUUAUCUUCUUUCUGUUCAAGUGCCAUUUCAUUGCAUGCAGUGCAGUCUAUAAAACAGAAUGCGUUCUCGGUGGAUCUCGAGUUUCCUAUCACUUAUCGUCAUUCGUAGCGUAUAAACAUAACAGCACGCGGUCAUUAACUUACAAAUUGUUUACGUGUCGUUCGACACAUGGGAAACUGCUGAUAUCGUGCACGAAAUGCCAGUUUCCGCAUUAUAAAAAACACGAUCGGGCCAUUGUUAGCGUCGUAGUCGGGCUUUUCGGGAUCGAAUAUAUUCGCUGGACGGUUUCGCGCGAGCAAAAAUGUCAUGCAGCUACGCGGACGGUCUCUCGCAGUACGAAAACAAAGGAGUGCUGGGCCUGGAAGAGAGAUACGACAGCGUCGAGACGUUGCGACUGAAGUGUGGCCUUCUAGCCGAUUGGAUACAGGCGGCACGGCACGUAGUCGUUCACACCGGCGCCGGCAUCAGCACUGCUGCGGGCAUUCCGGAUUUUCGAGGGACAAAUGGAGUAUGGACAUUAGAGCAGAAAGGUUUGAAGCCUACAAUGAAUAUUUCCUUUGACGAAGCAAUUCCUACAAAAACACACAUGGCAUUGAAAAAAUUAGUAGAUGCUAAAAAAGUCAAAUUUAUUAUAAGUCAGAAUAUUGAUGGCUUGCAUCUUCGAUCUGGGGUACAGAGACAGCAUCUUGCAGAAUUACACGGAAAUAUGUUUACUGAACAGUGUGAUAAAUGUGGAAGGCAAUUCAUUCGGAAUUUCGCAACUAAAAGCGUUGGGAAAAAGUCUCUUGACACUGUGUGCAGAUCUGAGCAAAUUGGCGGUCGUCCGUGCCGUGGACGCAUGCACGAUACUAUUCUUGAUUGGGAACACAACCUGCCAGACAGUGAUUUAACAUUGUCCGACUUACACUCUAGUGUCGCAGAUUUAAGUAUAUGUCUUGGAACAACGCUUCAGAUUAUCCCGAGCGGUAAUUUACCUCUGUACACCAAAAAGUACGGAGGUCGACUUGUUAUAUGUAAUCUGCAAUCUACGAAACACGAUAAAAAGGCAGACUUAAUUAUCAAUGGAAAUGUUGACGAGGUAAUGAUCAGCGUUAUGAAAAAGCUAGGGCUAGAGAUACCCGAAUACGAGAGCACAAUGGAUCCCACGCGUAAUUCUGACACAACGUCCAAGGAAAUGGACUGGACGAUACCAACGAGCAGAAUAAAAGAAAUGAACGUGUUGUACAAGAAGGUGUGCAAACCGAUGAGAAGGAAACGAAAGACGUUCAUGUAUGAGAGAGAGAGAACUGAUACGAAACGGGAGACAAAGACAAAGAAGCAGGCGUUCACGAUAAAACAGGACAUAAAAACAGAGGAUACGAUGAAUACAGCAAACCAGGUUUGCAACAACGCGGUUGUCCCGGUGGAUGUAAGCAGUAACGCGAUGAAAAUCGAGGACGAGCUGAAAGACGUGGAACCGUUCGAUUUCACGACAAACAUGACUCAACCAGAUCCUGGGUUAGAAGUGAACGACAUACUGUAGCAUGAUUUCAGUAGGUGGUGAUUCAACGACCUAAUACUCCUAUUAAUAUUCAGUCUCUGUUAAAUUUAUUUACGAGUGCAUAUAGAAUGGAUGUUAUCUGUAUGUGACGAAUGCCUAAAAAAAAAAAGUGCUAUUGAUUUGUUUAUAUGAAAAAGACAAAAGAAAACAAAAAAACAAAAAAAAAAAAAAAAUUAAGAAAAAAUAAGAAUAUAAGUUUAUCAACCGGUAAACCGCUUUUAUCGUCAAAU